UUCUUAUUAUUGGCUCAGUUCUCUUUUGUAGACUUUAAGAACUUUAAAGACUUAUUACUACUUCUUCUUAUAAAGAAAAAUAGUGAUGAAUGAAAAUGAAAUGCCGUUUAUAAAAGGACAUAAAAUGAAAAAUCAGUUCCUUCUUCUUCAUUUCCUCCUCGUCCUGAUGUUUCUUUGUUUUUGUUGGCAUUUGUCUUUUGGCGUAGUCUUCAAGUUCAAACCAUAAAACAGAUCCAAACUAUUCCUUUUUAUUUCUCCAUUUUUGCUUCUCGAGAAAGCGAAAUUAUACCAACUGCUCUCCAUUCUCUACUCCCUAGGCCUUCUCUCUCUCUGGGUUGUGUUCGAAGAGAUUAAAGGUUCACUUAAGCACUUGCUAUCGAGUUGUUGGUAAGUGGGGUUAGAAUGUAAACUUUAUUCUUUCAUCAAGGCUUGUGGUUGACGAUUUUACUGGCAAAACGUAGUAGUUUAUGGUGAUUAAUGGAUCUAAGCUGAGGAAUUGGGGAAAAAUCUUAGUAUGCUACACUCCGAGAAAGUGAAAAUAGUAUCCAUCUGUUGUUUACAGCUUUUAUCUGUAUCAUCUACUCCAUGAGUAACAUCCAAGGUACACUGGGAUGUUUGUUGCUGAAGAAAUGAUAUGUUUAGCACCAUACUGGAUUUGAUUUCUGACAAAUUUAGGGUUCAAUUUUUGACCUAAAAGAUGAAAUUAUCAAAAAUGAAGAAGUGGUCUGGAGGUGUUCUAAUUGCAUCACUCUUCAUGUUGCUGGUUCUGAGGUAUGGCAUUAUGACAGGUCCAAUUGUGGGGAGUCCUAUUUCAAACACGUUCUUGAAUUCAACAAAUCCUCUUGAGUGGUUGAAUUCUGGGUAUCAACCGGCGGUCAAAAAUCCAGAAUCUAAUACACAUGUUCUCACCGAUGUCUUAGUAACCAGUCUUUUCACACCAAAGAAUUUUUCUGAGGAAGAACAAAAAUCUUUGAAGACAUGGACCUACUUGAGCCAAUUGAUUGGUAAUGUUGGGGUUUUACCAAAUGCGGUUGAAGCUAUAAAAGAAGCUAAAGUUGCAUGGGAUAGUCUGAUGACUUCAGUUCAAGAGGAAAAACUCAAUUCUACUAAUGAAAGUUCACAGCUAAAGAUGAAAGAGAAACAAUGUCCUCCUUUUCUUGACAAAAUGAAUGCCACAGAAUUUGGUGACAGUGGAUACAAAUUACGUAUUCCUUGUGGUCUGGUUCAAGGCUCUUCUGUUACAAUCAUUGGUAUUCCAAGUGGAAUUCUUGGUAAUUUUCGAAUCGACUUAACAGGUUCGCCACUUCCAGGGGAGCCAGAUCCUCCUGUUGUACUGCAUUUCAAUGUCCGCCUCCACGGUGAUAAGAUAACCGAUGAUCCUGUGAUUGUCCAAAAUACAUGGACACUAGCUCAUGAAUGGGGUGAAGAGGAGCGAUGUCCUUCUCCUGUUAGUGACAAUAAUAAGACAGUGGACGGAUUACAUAUGUGCAAUGAGAUGGUGGGUAAAAAUGACACCCAGAGGUUUAUGGGUAAUAAGAAUUACAAUAGCUCACGGCGGUCUUCCAUGGCACAGGAGAGAUUCAAACCACGGCAAUUUUUCCCUUUCAAACAAGGGCAUCUCUCUGUUGCUACUCUUAGGGUGGGUGCAGAAGGAUUGCAGAUGACAGUUGAUGGAAAACACAUAACUUCUUUUGCUUACCAUGAGAGUCUGGAGCCAUGGCUUGUUAGUGAAGUAAGGAUUUCUGGAGACCUGAAGUUAGUGUCUGUUCUUGCCAGUGGUUUACCCAUAUCAGAAGAUUUAGACCACAUAGUGGACCUUGAAUCACUCAGAGCACCUUCUCUACCUCGCAAGUCGCUGGAUCUCUUUAUUGGUGUUUUCUCUACUGCCAACAAUUUCAAACGAAGGAUGGCUGUUAGGAGAUCAUGGAUGCAGUAUGAUGCAGUUCGGUCAGGAGCUGUUGCAGUGCGUUUCUUUGUUGGUCUGCGCAAAAAUCAGAUUGUGAACGAAGAACUCUGGAAUGAAGCACGAACCUAUGGAGAUACUCAGUUGAUGCCUUUUGUUGAUUAUUAUAGCCUAAUCACUUGGAAGACGUUAGCCAUUUGCAUCUUUGGGACGGAGGUUGUUUCAGCAAAAUUUGUUAUGAAGACAGAUGAUGAUGCAUUUGUGCGUGUAGACGAAGUACUUUCUUCUCUGAAUAGGAUUAAUGUGACUCAGGGGUUACUGUAUGGUUUAAUCAAUUCCGACUCCCGUCCACAUCGGGAUACUGACAGCAAAUGGUAUAUUACUCCAGAGGAAUGGCCAGAAGAAACCUAUCCUCCUUGGGCUCAUGGUCCUGGUUAUGUUGUUUCAAGUGACAUAGCAAAGACAGUCUACAACAGUCAUACCAAAGGCCAAUUGAAGAUGUUCAAAUUAGAAGAUGUCGCGAUGGGUAUCUGGAUUGCAGAGAUGAAGAAAAAAGGAUUAAAUAUUAAGUAUGAGCAUGAUGACAGGAUCCACAACGAAGGUUGCAAAGAUGGGUAUGUUGUUGCCCACUACCAAGGUCCCAGAGAGCUACUCUGUCUUUGGGAAAAGCUUCAAGAACACCAACGGGCAGUAUGCUGUGGUGAGAGAUAGAAACCUUUUGGCUGAAGAUGUUCGAAUUUUGCAUAGAUUAGCACCAAUUGGUCCUUUGUAGAGCGAGAUUACAGAUAGAUAGAAUAUCAAGUUGUGGAUUCAGAAAAGUGAAAAUCAUUAACAAAUGCCGCAAGUCAUAUACAGAGAAGAAGCGACGAGGUUUAUAGCUACUUACCACGACUGGGAAGUACCCCUCAAGAGUUGAUAGAUUUUUGCAUGGUGUAGGGUUUAAUUGUUUAAGUCAUGUUCAUAGAUAUAUAAUUUAAUAGAGGAUUAGUGUGUGCAGGAGGAUAAAUAUGUUUCUGUAGAUUUUUGUUCCUCAGGUUUUGGUUGUAUCUUUUUUACAGUCGCAUUUUCAUUACUGAAAAUCUGUGAGUUCAACAGUACUUACACAUUGUAAUUAACAUUACGUAACACGAUUGUGAAUACCAUGGUUCAGACUUUUUUCCUA